AUGUCUAAAGAAAAUAAAUUCAGAGAUGAGUGUUUGGACUAUAGGAGAGCACAAAAUUACAACCCUAAAGUGCAUGUUUCAGGAUGGUAUGACAUUCAAAACGAUGACGAUUAUAUAGAAAAAUAUAAUAAAACAAAAGAGUUUUAUUUAAAAGAAUACCCAUCAAACCAUCGUGAAGAAAAAUACCAAAACCUGAGCAAAUAUAAAAAAAAUAUUUCGGACAAAGAAACUAUUUUUUAUCAAGAUCAUGAUACGACAUAUUGGGAAACAGAAAAUAAAAGAUCUUAUAAAAAAUAG